AUUACACGAAAUCCAGCUGGCCAAGACAAUUAUUCCAGCUGGGAUGUGCACUGGUAUGUUGAACAGUGUAAGGCACUUGUGACAGGAUAUCAGCACUUAUCAGUUCAUCAGUAGGUGCUAUACACAUCGCAAUCGGCCUGAGUGCCGCCCACCGACGAAGCGGCAAACGCCAAACUGCGCUGAGCGCUAUUCUUAGGGUUCUACUUAUAUCAGUCACAACUUAUGCACUGUAUCAAGGCCCAUCAAACGUUACGUGGCCACGAUCGUGUUAGGGCUGCUCCUCAGGACCACUAAUUAGCUCGUUUGAGGUUGUAAUUUGCUUUUAUAGCGUACCCAAGUGGUGUUGAUUAACUGCAUAUUUCUUACAGUCGCUGUUUGUGACAGCAUCGGUCUUACUUGAGACUAGGCUGCCGGACUGGAUCAGCUGCUUAGAGCGCUGCGUGGAGACUAAAAGCGAGAGCUCGUUUGGGCCUUAGGUGGGGGCUUCGAACGACACCAAGGGGCGUGGCUGGUGUUGCGGGGCACGCCCAUCCGUGCAAGUCAGCUGCGGCGGAGGCCCUCUUGCUUAAGCACGGACAGGCGAUCGGGUGCUCACGUCGUGGGUAUUGCCGUGCGGCAACACCAACACCAUCAGCAGCCGCAGCAGCGCCAGCUGCAGGCACAGGCGCAGGAGCAGCCUCACGAGCAGCUGAGGCGGCGGGAGCACAGCAGAAGCCGGACCGGCAGCUGGGGCCAUGGACCUGUUUGAGACGCUGGGUCUGGGGCCGCGCCAGCCGGAGCAGAACGAGCUGUAUGUGGCGCUGUAUGCCGACCCACACGACCCGGCGCUGGGGCCCCCGCCCGGGCUAGGCGACGACGAGGAGGAGGGGGCGGCGCCCGGGCCUCGGUCGGAAGCGGACCGGCUGGAGGCGCUGCGGGCUCGCUGCACGGCCUGGCUGCUGCCGUACACGGCCGGGUACGUGUGGAACAAGGACCCGCUCACACUGCGAAGCUCCGCGCGGCAGCAGCCGCCAUGGGAGCGCGCGGCGGCGCAGCGGAGGCGCAGGCGGCAGGGACAGGGGCAACAGGCACCAGGCGCCGGCGCAGGAGCGGCGGGGUCGGGCGAGCAGGGGCGGCAGCAGGCGGAGGAGGGCUGCCUGUGGGCGGUGAUGCGGUUCGGCGACGCGGUGGAUGACGAGUGGUGGGCGGUGUGGCUGCUGCUGCGCAUGAGCCGCGAGCUGCAGGACCUCACGGUGCAGGUGUGGGACAACGACGGGCAGUUCCUGCUGAUCGAGGCGGCGUACGCGCUGCCGCGCUGGCUCAAGCCUGAGACGGCGGAGCACCGCGUGUGGCUGCGCCACGGCCGCCUGCACCUGCUGCCGCUGCCCAGCGCCGCCGCGCCCGACCUGCCCGCCAGCCCCAGCCGGCAGCAGGCGCUGGACAUACUGCGGCAGGGCAGGUACGCCACCGCCGCGCCCAAGGUGCAGCGGCCCAUCGAUGAGCGCCUUGCCGGCUACCCUGCCGCCGCGCGCCUCCGCCAGCAGCACACCGCGCGCUGCCUGCUGCCGGCGCCGCUGGCGGCAGCUCUGCGGUCGGAGCCGCAGCUGGUGGCGGAGCUGGUGGAGGCGUUCUACUACCGCGACGCGGAUGACAUGCGCGCCGCGGCCCGCAUGCGCCACCUGCCGCCCUCUCUGGACCGCGCCCCUGCGCUGGUGUGCAUGACGCGCUGCCACUACGCCCAGCUGGCGCAGCAGCGCUUCGCGCCGCCGCGCGGCAUGCCCUCGCACCUGCCGCCCGGCGCGCCGGCGGACGGCCCGCUGGCGCGCGCCGCUGACCUGGGCCUAAAGCUCACAGUGGCAGCGGAGAUCCUGUGCGCCAGGCACGCCGCCGCCAGCGGGCUCGGUGGUGCCGGCGGCGGCGGCGGCGGUGCUGCAGCUGGUGCUGGCGGCGCCGGCGGCGAGGGUGCAGCAACAGGCGGAGGAGAAGCAGGAGCGGUGGAGCAGGCGGGUGCGGGGGCGUCAGGGGCAGACGGCGCGGUGGGGCCCGGGGUGGUGCCGGGCCAGGGGGCGCUGACGGAGGCGGGCCUUGUGGCCGCGCACCCGGAGGCAUGGCGGCGCUUCAAGGCGGCGCUGGAGGCGCGCAGCUACUUUGACGGCAACAUCGCCGGCUCCAGGAGGUACAAGGAGCUCCUGGCCGCUGCUAUGGAGGCGUUUUUGGCGGGCCGGGCCGAGGCCGAGGCGGCAGCAGCCGAGGCAGAGGCGGGCCAGGCUGGGAGCAGUGCCGCAGCAGCAAUAGGCGGCCGGGCGCGGGACCCGCGGCGGCGGCUGGCGGAACUGGUCAUGUAGGGGCGAUGUCGGGUGGGGCUGCACUGGGCUGCAUGGCU